UGUUUUCCUGCUUGGCUGUAUAUCAUUGCCUCUUUCUGCUUCUAUGUGGUACUACAUUAUUUUGUGAGUUCAACACAGGCAAGCAUCAACUCCUUUUCUUCCCUACUCUUUUUUUUUCCUUUUGUCCUCCCUUUUUCCCCCUAAUGCAGGUGUUCAGCAUGUUUUUGGAAACAUUAGUAGAUUUUAUCCAAGUUCAUAAAGAAGAUCUACAGGAUUGGCUAUUUGUGCUGCUGACCCAGCUUCUGAAAAAAAUGGGUGCUGACUUGUUGGGAUCUGUACAAGCAAAAGUUCAGAAGGCUUUAGAUGUGACAAGGGAAUCAUUUCCAAAUGAUCUUCAAUUCAGUAUUUUAAUGCGGUUUACUGUUGAUCAGACCCAAACACCAAGUCUGAAGACAGUCAAGCCAGCACUGCAGGACCAGCUUCGUUCUUUUUGGAGCUCCAAGGUGAAAGUUGCAAUCCUUAAAUACAUAGAGACACUUGCACAACAGAUGGAUCCAGGAGAUUUUGUAAAUUCAAGUGAAACUCGUCUGGCGGUAUCUCGAAUUAUUACUUGGACAACAGAACCCAAAAGUUCAGAUGUUAGGAAGGCUGCACAAUCAGUGCUGAUUUCUCUUUUUGAACUCAAUACUCCUGAAUUUACAAUGCUGUUGGGUGCUUUACCAAAAACAUUUCAAGAUGGUGCCACAAAGUUGCUUCACAGUCACCUCCGGAAUACAGGCAGUGGGGGACAGGGUCAAAUGGGAAGCCCAUUAACAAGGCCUGUUCCACGCUCACCCAUCACUUCACCAACCAAUACAUCCCAGAACACAUUAUCACCAAGUGCAUUUGAUUAUGAUUCUGAAAAUAUGAAUUCAGAAGAUAUAUAUAGUUCUCUCCGUGGCGUGACUGAAGCAAUUCAGAACUUCAGCUUCCGCAGUCAGGAGGAUAUGAACGAACCUAUGAAAUGGGAUUCAAAAAAAGAAGAUGGUGAUUCAAUUUGCAGUGGCUCUGGAAUGGUAGAUCUACGAACAGGAACUGUUGUGACUGAUACAGGCCGAACAGCUCUUGACAACAAAACUUCAUUAAUUAACACUAUGCCUCCUCAUUCCUCCCCACGGUCACGUGAUUAUAAUCCAUACAAUUAUUCUGAUAGUGUUGGUUCUUUUAAUAAAUCAGCUUUAAAAGAGGCUAUGUUUGAUGAUGAUGCGGAUCAGUUUCCUGAUGAACCUUCCCUGGACCAUUCUGAUCGAGUUGCAGAAUUGCUAAAGGAAUUAUCAAACCAUAACGAGAGAGCUGAAGAACGGAAAGCUGCUCUUUAUGAGCUAAUGAAAUUGACUCAGGAGGACUCCUUUGGUGUUUGGGAUGAGCACUUCAAAACAAUUCUUCUUUUGUUACUUGAAACUCUUGGAGACAAAGAGUAUGCAAUUAGAGCCCUGGCACUAAAAGUCCUAAGAGAGAUUUUAAGACAUCAACCAGCAAGAUUUAGAAAUUAUGCAGAACUCACAAUAAUGAAGACUUUAGAAGCUCAUAAGGACCCUCAUAAGGAGGUGGUAAGAUCAGCUGAAGAGGCUGCUACUAUGCUGGCCACAUCUAUUAGUCCAGAUCAAUGUAUCAAAGUACUUUGUCCCAUCAUUCAAACAGCAGAUUAUCCUAUAAAUCUGGCUGCAAUCAAAAUGCAGACAAAAGUUAUUGAAAGAGUACCUAAAGAAAUUCUUGCUCAGCUUUUGCCAGAGAUAGUUCCAGGUUUAAUACAGGGCUAUGAUAACUCUGAAAGCAGCGUUCGAAAGGCAUGUGUCUUCUGCCUUGUAGCUAUUCAUGCAGUAAUUGGUGAUGAGCUGAAGCCACAUCUUAGUCAACUCACUAGCAGCAAAAUGAAAUUGUUGAAUCUUUAUAUCAAGCGUGCACAAACAGGAUCUGGAACAGGUGAUGCCUCAGCAGAUGUUCCAGGACAAAGCUAGUAAUCCUGAAAUCCAUCUUGUAACUAAGAGGAAAGACACAUCAUAAAAGGAAAACUCGCAAAUGCAUUUUUAGCGCUUUUCUCUCUCUCAAUCUUUUUUCCCUUAAUGAAGGGCUGCUUAGCCUGCAUGUGACUGUUCCAGUAAUUCCAUAUCUAAGGGAAAAGACAGUAUUAAUAUCACUUGACUGAAGCAAAUUAUUUUUUUUAACUAACACAUCAUGUUUUCUGUUUGCACUCCUCUGUGUGUCUUUCCACUAAUUUUUGUUAAUGUACUUUUUUUUUCAAAGAAACUAAUUAAAAAGGAAUGCUUUCAAAUUUAAAUUUCCUCAUUUUUACUCAACUGCAAAGUAACAUGGCUUUUCCUUCCUGGUUUUAAUAAUCAGAUGCUUCUGCUUGGAUGCACAAAGUGGGAAAACAGAGAAUGAUGGAUUGAGCUCAGCCCCAACUAGACCAGUCUCAUUACCAAAGAGACAUCUUCAUAUCUUAUCAUAAUGCCAAUAGCAGCAGCAGAAAGCAGUGCUUGAUUGAUCAAUCAUUGAAUGUUUGUCAUAUAAACAAAAAUUCAAUGCAGAUUAGGAGGACAACUCUGUCCUUCUAUAUGGAAAUCUAUAUAGAAUAUAGUAUGGCAAAACUGGAUUGUAUAGCAUCCUACUUUCCUAGAUCAGGGUAAGUAAAAUCACUUAAUGGAUAUGAACCUGUAUCACCACCUUCAAGCAAGAUGGUUCGGAAUAGAAUGCUUUGUAUCAUUUGUCAGUAUAAUACUUCCUCUCAACCUAAUUAUUGAAAGCAGUACUUCUGUCAAUCUCAUUUACAUAAGAAUAUAUGACAGGACUGGAAUAAAUUGUUUCACAAUGAUAUGUUGCAAGAUUGGAGAUUGGUGCACUGAUUAUUUUAAAGGCAUGGGAAUGGGAAAAACAAGUAUUACAGAUUUUAAAAUCAUAGUUUGGAGUUUAAUUUGAGUCAGGAAAUGGCCCUAAAUUCAUUGCAUGGUUAUUUUAAGAUUAUGUUGAACUGGUGUUAUUGCAGCCAUCUGGACUAUAAGAUAUGGAAAUGUUUUCAGGUUGUUUCUGUAAUCGUUUAAAAAGUUUAUUGUGAAUAAUGCAUCCUUAUAUUUAUGGACUGAAUAGUCAAAGAGAGAAUGAAACUAAAACUACUUCCAUCAGACAAAAAUACCAAGCUUCUUAGCUGGGGGGUGAGAAUAAAAUCUGUACCCAGAUGGAACCCACAAUACUUGGAAUAACUCAUUGUUGAAUUAUCUUGUUUUAGGGAUUGUGUAUUUACAGGAGAGAUUAUAGCAAUGCCAAGGAUGAUGGGUUUUUCUGCUAGAUUAAGAUUCUGUCUACCUCUUCAGGGUAAAUACUUUUGACUAAGCUGCUAUCCAUAA